CAAUGAGCACUAAAUGUUCUUGUGGAGCUUCAGGUUGUUCCAUUGCCAAUAUAGUCUUGAAGUUUUCCUAAUGUUGUUAAAACAAAGACAUGAUUUGAAUAUGUCUGAUGCAGUUUUGUAUUUUGGUAUAUAUGCAUUGGACUGCAUUGUGUUAAAAUGUCUUAUUUUUGGAUAAUUGCGUAUAAAAUGUACAAAUUUUUAGUUACUACCAGAGUAUCAUCCAGACUACUUUCUAUUUUUUUCUUCAUUCCUUUAAAUAAAAGUAAAACACUAUUACAGUAUUCAUUUUUAAAACUUUUAUCAAUUUUGAAUUUCUCUUUGCGUCAUAUAUUUAAAACAUUGCCUCACACAUGUGGGUUUCCUCUUUCAAAAGUAUUUCCUGUUCAAUUGCCAUCUUCUUACAUGCAUCACACCAUGCGUUUCACAGUAAGAAGAGAAUAAAUCCUUUUCAACAGCAUCUAUCAUCCAUUUCUGUCAUUACCGCUUCACCACUGCUUAUCAUUUGUUUGUUCCGACAAUGCUUCUGCUUCAACAGUUGAUAGGUCUCUUGCUGAUCAACCUUGCUUAUGGCGACAGUGAAUGUCCUGUUGAGCUCAACCCACAGAGAGUUGUUGUGGAGUACGGUGGUUCUGUGUCAGUUAACUGUAGCACUUCUGUCACGCAUCAUGGGAUGGGAUGGGAAGUCAGUGAGGGAGCAGUGCCCCAGAGCAGAGACAAUCUGAUCACAUGGAGAGUGUCAAACCUGACACAAUGGGACAUACAGCCAUUCUGCUACUUAAACCAUAAGAAACAGUGUCAAUUAGAGCUCCCAGUGACUAUUUACAAGACUCCAGACAGUGUGUCCAUCAGCACUGUGAAUCACACCGGACCAAUGAUGGAGGGAAACCAGUAUGAGCUUCAGUGUGACGUUCUCAAUGUGGCUCCUGUUCAGUAUCUCACUGUCAAAUGGUACAAAGGACAGACUCUGGUGGAUCAAACCAACUUCACUGACACCAUCAAGACUCCAGUGGAUAAAACAGUCACACUCAUGAUCCGUCCAGACAGAGCUGAUGAUGGAGCUCAGUACAGGUGUGAAGCAGAGCUGGAACUGGGAGAAGAAGGACCUCAACCUCCUCCUAAACUCACAUCAGAUCCUCUCAACAUUACUGUAUAUUAUAAACCGACCAUCAAUGAGACCAAACUGCCCUCUGUAGUGCCUUUGUUUCGAGGAUAUUCAGUGGUGAUUGUUUGUGAAGCUGAUGGAAACCCAAAACCAACAAUCAGCUGGAAUAUCAGCACAAAUAAUCCAGUUUAUAGUGAAACUUUUACUAUAACAGAUUCAACACCUGAGGAUCUGUACUGCAUUGCAGACAAUUCUGUUGACACUGACAUCAGACAUGUAAAAGUGUCCGUACAAGAGACUCCAGACAGUGUGUCCAUCAGCACUGUGAAUCACACCGGACCAAUGAUGGAGGGAAACCAGUAUGAGCUUCAGUGUGACGUUCUCAAUGUGGUUCCUGUUCAGUAUCUCACUUUCAAAUGGUACAAAGGACGGACUCUGGUGGAUCAAACCAUCUUCAAUGACACCUUCAUAACUCCAGUGAAUAAAACAGUCACAUUCAUGAUCCGUCCAAACAGAACUGAUGAUGGAGUUCAGUACAGGUGUGAAGCAGAGCUGGAACUGGGAGCAGAAGGACCUCAACCUCCUCUUAAAGUCACAUCAGAUCCUCUCAACAUUACUGUAUAUUAUAAACCAACCAUCAAUGAGACCAAACUGCCCUCUGUAGUGUCUGUGUUUCGAGGACAUCCAGUGGUGCUUGUUUGUGAAGCCGAUGGAAACCCAAAACCAACAAUCAGCUGGAAUAGCAGCACAAAUAAUCCAGUUUAUAGUGAAACUUUUACUGUAACAGUUUCAACACCUGAGGAUCUGUACUGCAUUGUAAACAAUUCUGUUGACACUGACAUCAGACAUGUAAAAGUGUCCGUACAAGACAGUGAAUGUCCUGUUGAGCUCAACCCACAGAGAGUUGUUGUGGAGUACGGCGGUUCUGUGUCAGUUGACUGCAAAACUUAUGUCCUGCAUCAUGGGAUGGGAUGGGAAGCCAGUGAGGGAGCAGUGCCCCAGAGCAGAGACACUCUGAUCACUUGGAGAGUGUCAAACCUGACACAAUGGGACAUAGAGCCAUUCUGCUACUUAAACCAUAAGAAACAGUGUCAAUUAGAGCUCCCAGUGACUGUUUACAAGACUCCAGACAGUGUGUCCAUCAGCACUGUGAAUCACACCGGACCAAUGAUGGAGGGAAACCAGUAUGAGCUUCAGUGUGACGUUCUCAAUGUGGCUCCUGUUCAGUAUCUCACUGUCAAAUGGUACAAAGGACAGACUCUGGUGGAUCAAACCAACUUCACUGACACCACCAAGACUCCAGUGAAUAAAACAGUCACACUCAUGAUCCGUCCAGACAGAGCUGAUGAUGGAGUUCAGUACAGGUGUGAAGCAGAGCUGGAACUGGGAGCAGAAGGACCUCAACCUCCUCCUAAAGUCACAUCAGAUCCUCUCAGCAUUACUGUAUAUUAUAAGCCACAAAGUAAUCUUUGUGAGGACUGGUCUCCAAAGAAUGGGACCUCAUUGGUUUCAUAUCCAAUUUUAAAUUCUCUUGAGGGUAACCCUCGUCCAAACAUCUCUUGGAGACGCAAAUCAUCACUACUCAAUGCUUCUGUACCUCUUAACACAAAUGAUUCUGGCAAAUAUGAAAUUACUGCCAGUAAUGAACUUGGACAUUUCAUGUGUACCAUAAACAUCACAGUAGAGUAUGCCCCAAUGAUUCAUGCCAGCCAAGAGAAGUUUUCUGAGGAAGAAGGCAGCAAUAUAAUCCUAGAGUGCAAUUGGACUGGUUACCCAGAACCUGAUGUGUGGUGGAGCUUUAAUAAUAAGAACAUCUCCACUGGGAGGCGCCACAUCAUCGAGAGAGCCAGGUCUACCAGUGCUGGAGUUUAUACAUGCAGUGCCAUGAAUAAAUUUGGACGCAAGGACAAGAACGUCGUAGUGGAGAUAAGAGGCAACCCUCCAAACUACAUUCCAUAUGUAGUCAUACUAGUGUUUUUUGUACUGCUUGUUUUAUUAAUCGCAUUAUUAUUCUGUAUGUGGAAAAAGAAAAAAUCUUCUGGAAGUUAUGAAGUACAGUCAGCGAAAGAGUAUGAAUUGCGUCCGUUAAGCAAUGGAGGAAACUGCUAACAUUGAACAAAGACGAUAUAGCUAGCCUAUUGAACAUUCAGAUUAAAAUGAAUAACUAUGUUCGAUAAAAAACUGGUAGGCUAUAUUGUGUAAGCUCAUAGUAUAGGCCUACAACACGUGUCACUUGUAUGACUAUGAAUGAUAUGUCAGUGUCACAGAAGAAUGAGAUGAUAAAAAAGAAACUUUUAAAACGUAUCAAGUUAUCUUUUCACAUGACAACAAAAUGUUUUCCUCUUGGUUAUGCCAUACUGACUUUUAUUUGCUGUAUGCACAAUGUUGUGAGAUUGUCAAAGCUGGUUAUGUGAAAAGAAAUAAGAUCUCUUUGUGGUAAAUAACUUGUUAGUUUUGUUAGAAAUGUUUAUGCAUAAAUGCAGAUAUUGAAAAACAUCAGCCCAGAUUCAUGCUUUUAAAAAACUUAUCUGAAGAAUGUAAUGGGCAAUCUUUAAGCUAGAACUUUGCUUUCCACGUUUGACAACACUUUUCAUUUAUUUGUUUUUAAAAAAUUCUUAUUUUUUUUAUGUGACUUUAGUCUGUAUUCACAUAUAGUAAUAUGCCUGUCUGUUCUUUUAUAAUGAUGCAAUAAAAAGGAAAAUGCUGUACAAAAUGAUGAUUGAAAUAAAAUAAUGUUUAAAAACAAAA